AUGGUUGCAGAGAAGUUUGCUGCCGAGGGCUCAAACGUGGCUAUCAAUUACUAUUCAAGUGAGGCACAAGCAACGGAGCUUGCUGCAAAGAUAGAGGCGGACCACAAGGUUAAAGCCAUCGCCAUUCAAGGAGAUGUGGCCCUCCGGGCGGAUUGUGAGAAUUUAGUUAAGAAAACCAUUGAGCUCCUGGGAGGAAUCGACGUUAUCGUCUCUAACGCUGGAUGGACUAAACUUUCUCGGUUUGGAGACUUGAACGCCCUAACGGAUGAUGAAUGGGACAAGUGCUGGAACACCAACGUGAAAGCAAACCUGCAUCUCUUCCGCGAAGCAGAGCCAACUUUCAACGCUAAUCCAGAAGGAGGGGCAUUUAUUAUCACGUCCUCAGUUGCCGGAGCCACCCCUGGUGGCAGUAGUAUGGCUUACUCUGUUAGUAAGGCCGCAAGUAUCCAUCUAAUGAAGGGCCUGGCUUCGUCCCAGAGUUCGAAAAUCCGUACCAACGCAGUGCUUCCAGGUCUACUGCUCACGGAAUGGGGGCAAAGAUUCCCUCCUGAAGUACAAAAGGGCUAUGCUGAGAAGGCGGCCUUAAAGAGAGUGCCUGAUAUUGAGGAUUGCGCGGAUGUUUUCGUCUCCAUUGCUAAAAACUAUUCCAUGACCGGACAAGAAAUCCAACUUGAUUCUGGGUUCCAUAUCAGAUAA